AUGCGCGUGACUGUCAGUGCCUUUUGGCUCGGUUACAGCUCGUUAUUCCACGUCAGCAAUGGAGUUGCCGUCCCAAGGGUUCAGGGGGCAUGGGAAGAGCUCCCGUCGACGCCAAUCUUGCCGCGCCAGGAAAACACUGUAGUUGGAAUUAAUUCAACCUCGCUCGCCGUCCUGGGUGGCAUCGUGACCAACGGCACGCAAGUGAGCAGCUCUGCUCUGGCCUCCAUCUACCAUGUUCCAACCAACCAAUGGCAACAAAUUGCGGAUUUACCCAUCCCGCUGAACCACCCGAACGCGGCCGUCAUUGAUGGCAAGAUCUACCUGCUGGGCGGCCUGGCUGAUAUCGAUGGAAUCUGGAAAGGCGUACCUAACGCUUGGGUUUGGGAUCCGGAGACGGACACCUGGAACGAUCUCGAGCCGUUCCCAACCGGCACUGAGCGUGGUAGUGCUGCGGUUGCUGUGGUGGGCGACACGGUCUACCUUGCUGGUGGACAACGCUCCCUUGCACUGGUUCCAGGCGGACUGCAUGACACAGUGGACAUGGUGUCGGCAUUUGAUACCUUGUUGGGAAAAUGGACACUACUGCCAAACUUGGCGCUACCGGAGCCCCGAGACCAUGCAGGUGCCGCCGUGGUGGGGACGAAACUAUUUGUCACAGGGGGUCGGCACCUUCGUGAGGGCCUGAUCGUGAGCGACAAGGUCUACUCAGUUGAUUUUGCUGCCGAGGAUCCUCGAUGGACGCUGGAGAAGGAGCGAAUGCCCACCGCGAGGGGUGGACACAUGGCUGCUGCGAUAGGAGACAAAGUUUACACAUUUGGUGGCGAAGGUUCGAGCAAAUCGGACUCGGGCGUCUUUGACGAAGUUGAGGUUCUCGAUACCACGACGGGUAUCUGGAGUUGGAGAGAGCCCAUGAGACUGCCCCGGCACGGGACAUAUGCUGUCACCAUCGACGGAGCCAUUUACAUACCUGGCGGUGGCUUGGAGAUGGGAGCUGGGGCGGCGACGGAUGGUUUUGAUGUUUUCAGGCCUUGA